GAUCAGUACACUCAGAAUACAACAUGGCGGAACAGCUAAAACAUAAAAAAGUUAUUUUUCUUAAUUUCGACUUUACUUUUGGUCUGCUAUUCUACAUUCUACAACAUUUUAGCCCAUCACCGUUAUUAGACGACCACAGUAUUAGAUUUUCUCUGAACAAACCCUGACACGCCCUCUAAGAAGUGGGAGGAGCAAGAAGAACAUUGUUCUUCUACAACGUCCACAUUUUAAUAACUUCUUGUCAAGUAGACAGAAAUGGCUUAUCCAGGAUACGGUGGUCCCCCUCCCCAGGGCGCUGGAUUUCCAGGAAUGCAACAGGAUCCGCUCUAUGGAUACUUUGCAGCGGUGGCCGGGCAGGAUGGCCAGAUCUCAGCAGACGAGCUGCAGCGAUGCCUCACUCAGUCUGGCAUCUCCGGGAGUUAUAAACCCUUCAACCUGGACACAUGCAGACUGAUGAUUAACAUGCUGGACAGAGACAUGUCCAGCACCAUGGGCUUCACCGAGUUCAGGGAGCUAUGGCAGGCGCUCAGUGGCUGGAAAAGUAGCUUUUUAUCGUAUGACCGCGAUCAAAGUGGUACAGUGGAGGCUCAUGAGAUGCAUCAGGCCCUCUCGUCCAUGGGUUACAAUCUGAGCCCUCAUGCCAUGAAUGCCAUCAUGAAGCGCUACAGCACCAGUGGAAGGAUCUCUUUCGAUGAUUUUGUGUGCUGUUGCGUUCGACUCCGGGCCUUGACGGAUCAUUUCCGGCGCAGAGACACAUCUCAAAAUGGCAACGCCACUUUUCAGUAUGAUGAUUUCAUACAGGUGACAAUGAGCAUGUGAGGAAGGACGAGCAGAAUUCCAGCCUUCCUGUGUCCACUGUGCUCAUUGUAAAGAUGUUUGUACAGUAGAACCUCCAAAGUCCAACAUGAAACGUCUGCAAAUCUCCUAAAACCUCUCAGCUCAGGGAGCAUCUAAAGCGUUAUCUCCACAAGUGCGUUUUGCCCAGUCUGUUGGCUUUUUGAUGUCACUACUCAAGGGACCAGAAAAAUGUCAUGUAACCAUAGAACAGUCAAUAGAACUGACUGCAAUAUAUGAAAUGCUUAGUAGAGUAGUAAUUAAAAUAUUAAGUAUGUACACUAGUUAAUUAACUUUACCAAGCAGGAGCUAACGCAAAUAGAAUGUAGCUGAAAGCAUUACGGCCAGCAAGUAGCAUGAAAAUGAUCAGAAAUCCUUGUUGUUGUUGUUUUUUUUACUGAACUAAAGCAGGCAUUUUAUUCAAUUUCCCUAUCAACAUUGUUGCGCACCACAAAAUAAAAGUUCAACAUACAGCAUAGCUUCCUGAAUGUUACAUCCAGCAGUACCAGUAGUAAAAGACCACUCGGUGACAGCAUUGCUUUGCUUAAGUUCCCGAAGCAUAAUUAAAUAUUUUAACAUGAAGUCGACCUUCAGCAGCCUUCAGCAUCCCUCUCCAGCACGCAUUAGUCAGGCAUUUUUCUUUAUUCAGUGUUUAACUUCUUUUUCUACUUAUGUGACAGUUGAGCAUUUUACAAGUUAAAUUGCCUGCGUAGUUAAUAAAGGUUUUGUGAUGGUGACUGACCCCAGAACGGAUUAACUUGAGAAAAAAAAACGUUUCUAACUCAACCAGCAUGUUACAACAGCGGUGUUUGACUUCAGGGGUUCCACUGUACAAUGAAUAUUUGUCAUUCCAGGUAACAUUUUCAUACAAGUCACUGAGUUAACAGUAGCGCUUACAUAUACUGUAUUCCAUGUAUUUACACACCAUGUUUAUCAUAGACAGCAUAUACUGUAUACUCCUUUAAUUGUGUAAGAGAGAUUAAAAAGAAAAACACAAUGAAACUGUGUCACGAAUAAGAGGAAAGGUGCUAAUAAACUUUGGUCCUCA